AUGUCUGCCCUCCGCUUCCCUGAUCUCCCCCCAUCCGAGCCCCAGGGCUCCGACUUGCUCGCCCAGGAACGUUCCAGGACCACCUUCUCCGUUCACGACCUGUCCAACUUCAUCUACGGCGAAGAGUACCUCGAGCGCCAGGAAAAGUUCCUCGGUCUCAUCGAGAACGAGCCCGCAUUCGACAAGUCAGACCGCUACUUCCUGGGCCGCACCGAGCGCUUCGCCGGUGCCCUUAGAAAGGACCAUGCCCUCGUCAAGCUCGCUGAGCAAGAAAAGUGGACCCCCGAGGAGUUCCAGCAGGCUGAUAUCUUGAUCGACGAGUCUGGCCCCUUCGGUCUCCACCGCAGUAUGUUCAUGCCAACUUUGGUCUCCCAAGGAACUGAGGAGCAGCACGAGCUCUUCCUCAAGCCUGCCCUUCGCUACGAGGUCAUUGGAUGUUAUGCCCAGACUGAGAUCGGACACGGAUCCAACGUCCAGGGUAUCGAGACCACCGCCACCUACAUCCCCGAGACCAACGAGUUUGAGCUCCACACCCCUUACCUCACUGCCUGCAAGUGGUGGAUUGGAGGACUCGGCAAGGCUGCCAAUCACGCCGUUGUCAUGGCUCGCUUGAUCUCCAACGGAAAGGACUAUGGUCCUCAUGCCCUUUGCGUCCCCAUCCGCUCCAUGGAGGAUCACACUCUUUUGCCUGGUGUCAUGGCCGGAGAUAUCGGCCCCAAGUUCGGCUUUAACACCACGGACAACGGAUGCAUGUGGUUCGAUCACUACCGUGUCCCUCACGUCUCUCUCCUCUCAAAGUACUCGAGCGUCAAGCCCGGUUCCGGAGAGUACAUCAAGCCCCCUAACUCCAAGCUCUCCUACGGCACCAUGGUCCUCAUCCGCGCCUCCCUCGUCGGAUAUGCCCGCAUCUCACUCGCUAAGGCCGCCACCAUCGCCACCCGCUACUCGGCCAUCCGUCGCCAGUUUGUUGACAAGGACCAGCCCAAGAUGAUGGGCAAGCAAGUAAUUGAAACCCCCGUUCUGGACUACUCCAUGCAGCAGUACCGCCUCUUCCCCAUCAUUGCUGCCGCCUAUGCCUGCCACUUCACCUCCAAGGAGAUGAUGCGUCUCUACUACCUCAACAUCAAGAACAUGGCCUCUGGAAACUUUUCUCUCCUCGCUGACGUCCACGCCUCGUCAUCGGGAUUGAAGUCGCUCACCACUACCAUGGCUGCCGCCUCGAUCGAGGAGUGCCGUCGUGCCUGCGGCGGACACGGCUUCUCGUCCUUCUCGGGCCUUCCCCUCUUGCUUCAGGACUAUGCACCCAACGUCACCUGGGAGGGAGACAACUACAUGAUCACCCAGCAGACUGGCCGCUACUUGUUCAAGUCUUUCCGCGAUUUGGUCGCCAAGCGUGCCGCGGGCAAGUUCUCCGCCACCCAGAUCACCAACCCCACCCUGGCCUACUUGAACACCUACCUCGACAACCCCGACCUCAAGUGCCCCGCCACCACCCCCUCCCAGUUCCACAACCCCGAGAUCCAGCUGGCCGCCUACGGCCAUCGCGCCGCCCAUAUGAUCGCCGAGAUUGUCCACGGCCUCGAUGUCGAGAAGCGCUCCUGGAACUCGAUGCUCGUCGAGAUCUACAAUGCCUCGGUCGCUCAUUGCCAAUUGAUCCUCGUCCAAAACUUUAUCCUCGGCAUCCGCGGCGACAUGCCCCAGCCCGAGGGUAUCGCCGCCACACCCCUCACCCCCGCUGCCAAGGAGGCCUUGACCGACCUCUCGGACCUCUUUGCCCUCCACCAAAUCCACAAGCAGCCCGGCGAGUUCUUGACCUCUGGUUACAUUGAUGCCAAGCACGUCUCGAUGAUGAGCAAAGCCAUCAUGGAUGUUAUGGACAAGAAGAUCCGUCCCAACGCUGUUGGCUUCGUCGAUGCUUUCGCCUUCCCCGAUUACUACCUCAACUCUGCUUUGGGUCGCUUCGACGGAAAGGUCUAUGAGGCUUACACCGAGAUGGCUACCCGUGAGCCUAUCAACCAGACUGAGGUCGUUGAGGGCUAUGAGCAGUACAUCAAGCCCUUCACCAACCCCAAGGGCCUCAAGGGCAAGUCCAUCCAGGCCCGUCUCUAA